AUGGGUCAAAAGAUUCACGCUUUUAUGUUCCCAUGGUUCGCUUUUGGUCAUAUGACUCCAUACUUGCAUCUAGCCAACAAGUUAGCUGAGAAAGGCCACAGAGUCACUUUCUUGUUACCCAAGAAAGCUCAAAAGCAACUUGAACAUCUUAAUCUGUUCCCAGACAGCAUCGUCUUUCACCCUAUUACUAUUCCUCAUGUUGAUGGUCUCCCUGCUGGCGCCGAGACGCCCUCAGAUAUCCACGUCUCGUUGUGGAGGUUCUUGUCCACAGCCAUGGAUCUCACACGCGAUCAGAUGGAAGCCGCGGUUCGUGCCUUGAAACCAGACCUGAUCUUGUUCGAUCUUGCUCACUGGGUUCCCGAAGUGGCGAAAGAGUUUGGACUCAAGAGCAUGCUGUACAACGUGAUAUCAGCUACAUCAAUAGCUCAUGACCUUGUCCCUGGUGGUGAACUUGGAGUUCCUCCACCUGGUUAUCCUUCGUCAAAGCUGUUGUUCCGCGGACACCAUGCUCACGCCUUGUUGUCCUUCUCCGUCUACUACAAGAGGUUUUAUUACCGGCUCACCACAGGUCUUACGAACUGUGAUUUCAUUUCGAUUAGGACAUGCAAAGAAAUCGAAGGUAAGUUCUGCGACUAUAUAGCGCGUCAAUACCAGAAGAACGUUCUCUUGACGGGUCCAAUGCUUCCUGAGCCAGACAAGAGUAAGCCACUUGAAGAACGAUGGUUUCAUUGGCUUAGCGGGUUUGAAAAGGGCUCUGUAGUGUUCUGUGCAUUGGGAAGUCAGAUCACUUUGGAGAAAGACCAGUUCCAAGAACUCUGUUUAGGAAUGGAGCUCACUGGCUUACCGUUUCUUGUGGCAGUAACGCCACCAAAAGGCGAAAAGACGAUUCAAGAAGCGUUACCAGAAGGGUUCGAGGAGAGGGUUAAGGGUCGUGGAGUGGUUUGGGGAGAAUGGGUGCAGCAACCAUUGAUAUUGGCUCAUUCAUCAGUAGGCUGCUUCGUGAGCCAUUGUGGGUUUGGGUCAAUGUGGGAGUCUCUGAUGAGUGAUUGCCAAAUAGUCUUGCUUCCAUAUUUGGCCGAUCAAGUUCUCAACACGAGAUUGUUGACUGAUGAACUCGAGGUUUCGGUUGAAGUGGAAAGAGAAGAAACAGGUUGGUUCUCCAAGGAGAGCUUGAGUGUUGCAGUCACCUCUGUGAUGGAUAAAGAUAGCGAGAUCGGGAAUCUGGUGAGGAGGAACCAUUCCAAGUUGAAGGAGGUCGUGGUUAGUCCGGGAUUGUUAACCAGUUACACCGACAAGUUUGUUGACACUUUGGAGAAUCUACUCAACGAUGCAUAUCUUGAAUGA